CAAAUUUUAUCUUGCGUCAUUUUUUGAUAACAAAAUUCGAUUUUUCGUCAAAAUCAACCGUAAACUAAGAUUACAGAGUUCACCAGUCAUCGAACGACAGACAUUAGAAUAUCUAGCAAAGUGUCAACAGCUUGGACUAUCAAUUGCGAAUUGGUAAACCCUCAACAAUUAAAAUCAUGCAAUUUGCUCACAAAACCAUAAAUCUUUCUUCCCAUUUACCGUCAAGUGUCUUUACGGCGAUGUGUGCGAUGAUGUCAACUAGGAUUCCAUUUACUUCGGAUUUCUUUUUCCGACAGCUUUUCGACUCAGUAAGCAGUACGUACACCUACUUACUGGCCGAUUUGACAACCAAGGAAGCAAUUAUCAUUGAUCCGGUUCUGGAACUGGCCCAACGUGAUUCGCAACUAAUAAACGAACUUGGUCUACAACUAAAAUUCGCAAUGAACACUCACAUGCAUGCUGAUCAUAUCACUGGCACUGGAUAUUUGAAGAAACUGUUACCGAAUGUGCAAAGUGUAAUAUCCAGUAAGAGUGGUGCUAAAGCGGAUAAGCACAUAAGCGACGGUGAUGUUAUACGAUUCGGUCGACAUGAAAUUAAAGCAACCGCAACUCCAGGUCACACAAAUGGAUGUAUGAGCUACAUCAAUUUUGAGCAGGGUAUUGCAUUCACCGGGGACACGCUCUUGAUUCGGGGCUGUGGUCGGACGGAUUUUCAAGAAGGUGAUUCGCGUACACUGUACAAAUCGGUGCAUGAAAAAAUUUUCACAUUGCCCGACAAUUUUCGAUUGUUUCCAGCACAUGACUACAAAGGACAACUUGAAACAACCGUCGCUGAAGAGAAGCAAUACAAUCCGAGGCUCAGCAAAGACAUUGACACGUUCGUCACAAUUAUGGAGAACCUAAAUUUGCCACCGCCAAAAUUUAUUGAUAAAGCUGUGCCAGCCAACAGGGAAUGUGGACUCUUUGAUAUUCCGAAAUGAAACAUAAUUUAAAGAUGGCACGCAGAUCGUGAGCCUGGAUGGGAACAUGGACUCUAAAAUGUUACACCUAAGCAUAAUGUUUUGUUUAAAAAUAGAUAUUAAAAAGUUGCCUUUUAUUGAUUUUAUUGGAAAA